AUGUCGUUUGUGGAGAGCGGGCGGCGCUCCGCUCUUCUGCGCCGACGCCUCGGCACCCCUGUUCCGUUUGCUCGGCCGGCUUUUACCGCCUUCACUCAGGGGGACAGUUGGGGUGAAGGUGAAGGGGACGAGGAGGACGGAUGCGACCAAGUGGCCCGCGACCUGCGGGCGGAGUUUUCAGCCGGGGCGUCGUCGGAGCCUAGAAAGGGCUCGCUACUCCAGCGGGACAGGGACGGGUCGCCGGUUCUGCCCGAUAAGCGCAAUGGCAUUUUCUCAACGGUUGCGGGCGGACGAGCCCAGGCCCGGCGGUGGCCUGUCCAGAUCCUCUCAAUUCUUUGUUCGCUGCUGUUCGCCAUCCUCCUCGCCUUCCUCCUCGCCAUCGCCUACUUGAUCGUAAAAGAGUUACAUGCUGAAAAUUUGAAGACUGAAGACGUAGACACUGGGCUACUAGGAUUCUGGACUCUACUUAUAAUCUCUCUAUCUGCCGGAUUCUCCUGUUGUAGCUUUUCUUGGACAGUGACUUAUUUUGACUCUUUUGAACCGGGAAUGUUUCCUCCUACUCCUCUUUCACCUGCCAGGUUCAAGAAACUGACUGGACACUCUUUCCACAUGGGCUAUAGCAUGGCAAUUUUGAAUGGCAUUGUAGCUGCUUUUACUGUAGCAUGGUGCCUCAUGUAAACCUACACCGAAGCAAUAUUUUUGGCAAAACCUAGUCAUGAUUGCUUUGUAAUCACAGGGAAGAACAUCAUUUGCCUACUCAGAAGACCAAGAAACCUGCUGUUCGUUAUGUGGUUCAGAUAUGUAUCAUAUCAUCGACAUUAUGGAGGACCAUCUUUUGUUGUUGUUUUUUAAAGGAGGACCUUCAUAACCAUCAUUCUAGAGCUUAGGCAUUGAGAAUAUCUGAGUAUUAAGUUUCAAGUAAUUUCUUAAAAGUGUAAGAUGUUUACCUCAUCUUUUUACUUUUGUAUGUGUUGUCCUUAUAAAUUAUAGAAAACAUUUUAAUGGAGAUCAAACAUAAAAACUUGAAUACAGGGCAAUGCUAUCUAUAAUACUACAUUUUUGCUAAGAAGUACUAGUAGUACUGUUUAACUGAAAUGGAAAUACUUCUUAUUUAUUCAUUAAAUGAGGAAAGCAAACAAUGCCUACUACUUUGACAUUUUAUAGAAGCUACUUUUAAAUCAGAAUAUUUAGUUUUCAGUAGUCAUAUAAUCAGUAGAAGGGUGCAUUUAUAUUUUUUAAUGGGGUAUAGUUCCUUAUGCGGUUUUUGGGU